UUAAGCGCAAACUCAAAACAAAAAUAAAAGUGAAGUAAACGAGAACGGGUGCGGUAUUUUCCUGUUUUUCGCCUAUUUAUUCGCUCAAAACCGUGAAAAAUUGUUUUAUAUAUCGAAGGUGUGACUAAUCCCGCACCUUUCAAACCAUCAUGAGCUACCAAAGCAGGGCAAUGCCCUACCAAGGUGCAGGAGACAUGCCUAUGUCAAACAGUAAAGAACAGACAGUCAUGUCUUGGCAGCAAAACAACUACAUGGGGGACUCUGGGGUCCACUCAGGAGCCCAAACUCAAGUGCCAUCUCUCACUGGAAAAGAGGAAGAAGACAUGGACUUGUUUGAUUUGGAUCAAGGUGGAUAUCCUGGAUUUACCCAAGAUCAGGUGGAUGACAUGAAUAAUCAGCUGAACCAAACCCGUUCUCACAGAGUAAGGGCUGCAAUGUUUCCUGAGACACUUGAUGAAGGAAUUGAAAUCCCUUCUACCCAAUUUGACCCCGGGAAUCAGACAGCCGUUCAAAGGUUGGCUGAACCGAGCCAAAUGCUUAAACACGCCGUGGUAAACCUCAUCAAUUAUCAAGACGACGCAGAAUUAGCCACCAGAGCAAUUCCCGAAUUGAUAAAACUCCUCAACGAUGAGGAUCAAGUGGUCGUAUCCCAGGCAGCCAUGAUGGUACAUCAGCUAUCGAAAAAAGAGGCUUCUAGACACGCCAUCAUGAAUAGUCCACAAAUGGUCGCGGCUUUGGUCAGGGCCAUUUCGAAUUCCAACGAUUUGGAGACCACCAAGGGAGCAGUGGGCACUUUACACAAAUUGUCACACCACCGACAAGGUUUACUGGCCAUUUUCAAAAGCGGUGGUAUUCCCGCUUUGGUGAAACUUCUCAGUUCUCCUGUUGAGAGUGUCCUGUUCUACGCCAUAACCACUUUACAUAAUUUAUUGUUGCAUCAGGAUGGAUCUAAGAUGGCUGUCCGGUUAGCAGGGGGUUUACAGAAGAUGGUUGCGCUGUUACAAAGAAAUAACACGAAAUUUUUGGCGAUCGUGACCGAUUGCUUGCAGAUUUUGGCUUAUGGCAACCAGGAGAGCAAGUUGAUCAUUUUGGCGUCUCAGGGGCCUAUUGAACUCGUUAGGAUUAUGCGGUCUUACAACUAUGAGAAGCUUCUUUGGACCACUUCGCGUGUUUUAAAGGUUUUAUCGGUGUGCUCCAGUAACAAACCUGCGAUCGUCGAGGCAGGCGGAAUGCAGGCCCUCGCCAUGCAUUUGGGCAACUCGAGCCAACGUUUAGUCCAAAACUGUCUCUGGACCCUCAGGAAUCUUUCGGAUGCUGCAACAAAAGUGAACGGAUUGGAUUCCCUUCUUUCAUCACUUGUACAAGUGUUGGCCUCGUCCGAUGUUAAUGUGGUCACCUGUGCCGCCGGAAUUUUAUCGAACUUGACGUGCAACAACCAGUUCAAUAAGGAAACGGUGUGCCAGUACGAUGGUAUAUCCGCCCUGGUCAGGACUAUUAUGAACGCGGGAGAUCGCGAGGAGAUUACCGAGCCGGCGGUUUGCGCCUUGAGACAUUUAACUUCGAGACAUGAGAAGUCCGAACUGGCCCAAAACCAAGUCAGGCUUGUCGGUGGUAUUCCGGUAAUCGUCAGACUAUUGAAUCCGCCGUCGCGUUGGCCAUUGGUCAAGGCAGUGAUCGGACUGAUCAGGAAUUUGGCGUUGUGUCAGGACAAUUUUGUGACCCUAAGGGAGUCCGGCGCCAUCAGUUUCUUGGUGCAACUACUGAUGAGAGCCUAUCAAGACACCCAAAGAAGGGCGAGCUUGGCAAGCGGAGGCAGUCAGCAACCAGGAACUUAUGCCGAUGGUGUUAGAAUGGAAGAGAUUAUUGAAGGAACCGUUGGUGCGUUACACAUCCUCGCCCGCGAAUUUUACAACAGGGAGCAGAUCCGUCAACAAGGCGUUAUCCCGGUGUUCGUGCAGUUACUGUUUAACGACAUCGAAAAUAUUCAGCGGGUCGCUGCGGGCGUUCUUUGUGAAUUAGCGGCCGAUAAGGAAGGAGCCGAUUUGAUCGAGCAAGAGGGCGCCACCGCCCCAUUGACUGAGUUACUACAUUCGAGAAAUGAAGGUGUAGCAACGUAUGCGGCCGCAGUUUUGUUCCGCAUGUCCGAAGACAAACCGCAAGACUAUAAGAAGAGACUCUCUAUGGAACUGUCCAGUUCCCUAUUCAGAGAGGAGAAUCUUUGGAAUCCGGAUCUGGGCAUGGGAGCAGACUUCCAGGAUAUUUUGAGCCCUGAACAGGCUUAUGACAAUAUGUACGGGCAGGGGCCCCCUAGUGUACACAGCAGCCACACUGGCAGGCCCUAUCAGCAGCAAGGCUAUGACCAGAUACCCUUAAAUAUGCAAGCGAUGGACUUAGGGUCGCCGCUGGACGCAAUGGACGUUACAGGGACGGACCAAGAUUUAAAUUUUGACGGCAUCGACCAACUGCCCACCCCGCCACAGGAUAAUAACCAAGUAGCGGCUUGGUACGACACUGACCUUUAAAUAUUUUUUUUUAAUCUUUUAUUGGGUUUUCUUGCAGCAGUUGAGAGUAUGAAUUAAUAUGUUUUAUGAGGCAUUUUUUUUCUGCUUCCUAUACACAAAAUUGAACUUUCUUAUAAGGUUUUAUGAGUUUUUCUUGUUUUGUGUUAGCUGUUAGGGAUAUUUUAUUUUUAACGUGUAGUGUCUUUCGCAUCCGAUUUUUUUUUAUAAAAUAGUUAAAUUUUAUAAAUUAAAUGCAUCCUUGUGCGCUCAAAUAUUUUACUAUGCCAUCAAUUUACUUUAUAGUGUUAAAAAAAUUGUGAACUUUGAUUUUUUGGUAGCUAUAAAGGCUUUUUAUUUAUAGCUAUGUUAUGAUGCAAUUUAUUAUUUAUAAGUGAUUCUAUAAUUAUGAUUAUUAUUAUUAUUAUUAUUAGUGUAGAAAAUUAUUAUAUAUAUUUUUACGUUAUAUUCUGAACUAGCUAUAAAGUAAGAUAAUAGUUAAGGCAACGUUUAUGAAAUUUAUGAACAAAACGAGCUUAGUAGGUAAGUCUUUAGUAAGUUCUAUAACUUAUGUUCAUUCGACCUUUUUAAUAGUAAUAACGAAACCAAUUAUGUAUUAUUAAAAUUCAAUUUGAGAAAUUAUGUUCAAUCGCACAAUUUUUCUUUGAAAAUUUUAUUCAAACCAAGUUUUAAUCAAAAAAGUAUUCGCGAAAUACAGGGUAGUUUCGAAUUUUGUAAUGUGUUUAUCUUCAGGAAAGGCCUUAAAAAGGCCUUUUUUGCGUAUGUAAUCAAUCAAGUUUAUGCAUGGUUGUACUUUAUAAUAGACUUUGAAUAGAUUUCUUGGUAAAUGUGACGAAAA